AUGCCCCCGGUCAACUACCGCGACUACAGCCCGCCGGGUAGGGAGGGCGAGCGCUUCACAGAGGCCCUGCAGGUGGAUGGCUGGUGCGAGCCCAGGAAGCGGGAGAAGCACAUUCUGGCCUUUUUCCGUUGGGCUAAGCCCGACCUCGACCCCUUCAAGUAUCGAGAGAUGGAGUUGAACGCCCGGGUCUUUGCUUGUUCCCGUUGGCAUCGACAUGAGCCGCGUAAAGGCCUGUCGCCGGCGGAUCUCCAAUACCGAGCCGAGUACGAGACGUGGGCCCUCAUGUUCCAAGACGAGGAGAAUCGCCCCGAGUGGCCGUUUCCGUCCCCGCCCCAGGGGCAGUGGCUGUUUCACCCACGCGAGCAUGGCUACUCGUGCCAGUAUACCCAGUGGCGCGCCUCCCUCUACCUGCUUCACGACGAGCAGGAGUUUGCGGAGGAGUUUUGCGAGCACAUGGCUGCCGAGUCCCGGAUGGCCAGUGCCCGUCGACGGGCUAACAAGGAGGACGGGGUGGACGAGGAUGGCGCGGACAAGGCCCUUCAGAACAUGGAGGCCCUCGGUCUGGAGGAGGCGGACACCUCCGUGCAGGCGACGGCGGCGGCGACGACAGGCGCUGCUGCAAAUGAGGGCGAGGCGACGUCGGAGGCGACGCCGGAGAACCAGGGCGAGCAGGCCAACGCGGCCCUUGAGUCUAGGGCGGACGACGUCGAGGACGUGGCGGCUCAGAACGAGAGGUUCAACCUCUUCUUCGAGCAGAUACGCCGGCAACGUCACCUGGACGACUGA